GACCGUGGAGACGUCUUGGUGUUGUGAGUGUCACAGUGGGCAGUCGUGGGCAGUAUUACAUUUUUAAUAUUUGGUUAAUUGUGCCACAUUCAUUUGUUAUAUUUCUUUUUCAGGUGAGAAUUUUAAAUAGUUCAGAGAAGCAAUAGCUGUGUAAUACAAUAAUAACAAAAUAAAUAAGAAAACGUUUGGUAACCACUGGUAUAAAAAAGAUAGAGAGGCCAUUAAAUUUACACAUAUGAUUGCAACUAGUUAGCAUUUCAUGCUACAUUAUUAUUGUUGUUAUAUCUUAUCUUGGUGUGCACAUAUUUUACACUUAAUAUUUUCAAUAUCAGCAUUAUCAGCAGCAAUCAUUUAUUCACCCAGCCAAUAAAGCCAACAAGUACUGUACGAGCUAAUCAAAGUCAGAGUUAGCAGCUGACUCAUGCCAUGGCUAACUUGAGGUUGUUCCUGUUGAUUCUGUAUCUGGACAAACUAGGCUAUUCCAAAGACAUGACCAACAGUUAGCCUGAUUAGCAGCUACACUUGGUAAACAAGCCCAGAAAAGCUACAAACAACUGAAAUCAAUAUUUUCAAUAUUCCGAUGUCAUCUUUUAGCCAUCUUUUUUUAAUUCAUAUUUUUUAAGAUCUUGUUUUAUUAUAUAACCUUAGUUAGUUUGGUUAGUUUCAAUGAUUUAAUUAUAAAUAGCAUGACAUUGUUGUUUGUUAUGGGAAAUGUUUGUAUUUCCUGCGACAAAGGCAUUAAAAUGACAUUUCAGUGAUAAAAUCAUGCGUAGUUCAGCACCAUAUCAGAAGAGUGAAGAGAAUUAGUUUCAAAAGUAUCCUUAACAAAAGGCGUUCUUCCAGCCAAGUACAUCGCAUUUUCUCGUGUAUUUGCUGUACAGCAUCUACCUCAUCUAUUUCUGUCUUCUCCUGUAGCUGCAGUGUUAGUUCUCUGCCUCUGCAGCAGACUAGAACUGCUCACAUCGUCACAUAGUCACAGCCACUCAUCUUUUUCUCCCCCCUGUUCUAUCCUAAUAACCUUCGUCCAAAUCUUUACACACAGCAAAGUAAUGCACGACCGUGUGUGUGUUGGUGUCAGAACCGUUGUGAUUAUACGUCAUUUCUACUUUAAUACAUUCUCCUGAUGACGUUGCUGAUAGUUUGACAUCUUUUUAAAACCUCUGUGAUGUGGAGUUGUGGAAAUGUAGGCCCGCCCCUUUAGGAGCAGGAACCAAUCGUUGAAGAGACUGCAGUGUGUCUACCAAGAGCAUGAUGAUCGGAUGAUGUGUGUGUGCACGCUUGUGUGUUUGAGCCGCAGCACAGAUAGAUUGUGUAUUUUCUCCUCGUGUGAUAGUCAUCCCAGUCUUAUUAAGAGCUGCGUUUACUGCUCCCUCCCUCCCUCCCUCCUCGUCCUCCUCUUUCUCCUCCUCCUCUUCCCUGUCCCCUUCCUCCUACUUCUCCCCUUCAUCCUCACUCUCUCCCUCUCUCACUGACAGCCUUUCUUUUCCUCCUCUUCUGCUGCUGCUUCUGCUCUUGAUGCUACAGAAAGACACACAUACACACAGACCAUAACACUGCUUUGCUCUAAAGGCCCAGGGCUUCACUCUCUUUUCUCUCUCUCUCUCUCACACGCACACACACUCGCACUUUGACAGAUGAAAAUGUCAGGAGAGGACGAGACUCUGUCAAAUGGGUGCUCUAGAUCAGACCUGUCUGUGGCUCUGGAGGAUUGUAUGGCUGCCCUGGAUCUGUUUCUCAGAAAUGAAUUUGAAGAGGCGCAGGAGCGACUUAAAUGCAGAACCAAAGACAGCAUGUACCACGCUCUGACCUACGCCACCAUCCUAGAGAUGCAGGCCAUGAUGACCUUUGAUCCUCAGCACAUCCUGGUUGCAGGAAACACCAUGAAGGAGGCCCAGGCCAUCUGUCAGAGACACCGCAAGAAAUCCAGCUUCACCAAAAACUUCACAGAAGAGGAACUUCAUGCUGAGGUUUGCUACGCGGAGUGUCUGUUGCAGAGGGCAGCACUAACCUUCCUACAGGAUGAAAACAUGAUCAGUUUCAUUAAAGGUGGGAUUAAAGUCAGAAACAGCUAUCAGACAUACAAGGAGCUGCACACAGUCCUCCAGUCUGCUGGAUACACUAACGGUGACAAUCACGGCCAUUUUGAGGGUGGUGUGAAGCUGGGAAUAGGUGCCUUUAAUCUGAUGAUCUCCAUGUUGCCCACACGGACGUUGAAGCUCCUGGAGUUUGUUGGCUUCUCUGGUAACAAGGAGUUUGGUCUGCAGCAGCUCCUGGAAGGUUCAGUAGAGAGCACCUUCAGGUCUUUCCUCUGCAACAUGCUGCUGCUCUGUUAUCACACCUUCAUGAGCUUCAUAUUAGGCACUGGAGAGGGAGACGUUGAAGAUGCUGAAAAACUCCUGCAGCCAUAUCUAAAAAAAUAUCCCACGGGAUCCAUCUUCCUGUUUUUUGCUGGUCGAAUAGAAGAAAUCAAAGGCAACCUGGAUGCUGCCAUCAAGUGUUUUCAGGAGUGCUGCGAGGCUCAGCAGCAGUGGAAGCAGUUUCACCACAUGUGCUACUGGGAGCUCAUGUGGUGUUUCACCUACAAGAGACACUGGAAGAUGGCGUACUUCUACGCUGACCUGCUGAGCAAAGAGAACUCGUGGUCUAAGGCGACCUAUGCAUAUAUGAAAGCAGCCUACCUGAGCAUGCUGACCAGUGACGACUGUCUAACUUUUGGCGAGACUGCGCUCACUUUGUUCAGGCAGGUUCCAGGGCUUAAACAGAAAAUAGCUGGAAAGUCUUUACCAACGGAGAAGUUUGCUAUCAGGAAAGCCCGUCGCUACCUCGUAGAAAACCCCAUCCCUCUCCCUGCUGCUCCACUGGAAAUGAUGUACAUAUGGAACGGUUACACAGUUAUUGGAAAACACAAAGACUUGACAGAGGCCAUGCUGAAAACACUGGAAGAGGCACAGACUACACUGGAGAACGGUCCAAGGACUGAGUUCACAAUAGAUGAUCAGUGCCUCAUAAGUCUGCUGAAGGGCCUGUGUCUCAAACACCUGGGCCACCAAGAGGAGGCAGAACACUACUUCACCCUCAUUCUCUGCAAUGAGACUCAGAUCAAAUAUGACCACUACCUGGUUCCUAAUGCACUGCUGGAGCACGGCCUGCUGUGUCUGGCACAAGGACGAAACAGUGAAGCUAUCAAACUACUGGAGACGGCAAAGCAAAAUUACAAAAACUACUCCAUGGAAUCCCGGACUCACUUCCGUAUUCAGGCGGCUCUGCAUAAAGCCAGGGGGGCCACAGGGAAUGACAACGACGUUCCCUCCAGUCCAUAACAAACAGAAAGUGGCUCUAAAGCUCUUGGCAGUAAUACGACUUGACACUCAGCUUCAUUCACAACUCACUAUUUCAGGUGGGCGAUUUGUUAUUUGGUCAGGAUGACACGUUUAUUUCUUCCAAUGGGAUGCCUGCAGCUCUACCUGGCCCUGAUUGGCUUAGCUGAAAUGUGAUGACAGUCAGUUCAUCGUGUGGAUUGAUUGGUAAAUGUGAAGAAAUGUUGCUUCCAUCGCUCUUAUUGGUUUAACAGUACAACUCUGUCUUAGUGUAGAACAUACAUGGAACAAAAGUGUGUGCAGUCCAAGGCUCUAAUGUCAACAACCUAAUGUGAAUUAUUAACAACUUGCUCCAACCAGGCCAACAACACCACCAAUUCAAUUUGAUUGGACCUAAUUUAGGUCAUUGAUUUUAGAUAUGUGACACACAGUAAAUGAAAAAUAUAAA